AUGAUGUUCCCGGUGGCUAAGUCGUGGCUGGCGGCAACAGCCCUCCUUUCCGUUAUUGCGCCCUCUGUGGCUGUUCACGAUGAGCUGAAGCAAAUCAAGCACAUUGUGAUCUUCAUGCAAGAGAACCGCGCCUUUGAUCACUACUUUGGUACUAUGGCAGGUGUGCGUGGUUUCCAGGAUCCAAACGUGCACAUUUCGAAGCAUACGGGCAAGGAUGUAUUCCAUCAGCCGGUUAACAGCUCCAUGUGGGAUGGUGACUCAGAGCAGCCCGCAAGCUACUACCCACCCAAGAAUGUGACAGAGCUCAAGCCUUGGCACAUCCCCUACCAGGGAGGUGACUACGCCGAACGGACCCAGUGCAUGGUCGCCGGAACGAAUGACUGGCGCCAGAAUCACAAUGCUUGGAACAAAGGUGAGAUGGAUCAAUGGGCUAUGGCGAAUACGCCUUUCAGUCUGGGCUACUAUCGCCGCGAUGACAUUCCGACGAUGUACUCUCUCGCCGGCAACUUUACCGUGGCUGAUCACUACUAUGAGUCUAUUAUGUCUUCCACGGAUCCAAACCGUAUUUCCCUCUUCAGUGGAUCCAUUAACAUGAACGGUAGUGUUGUCGGCGGUGGCGGCCUUAAGAAGGGUGGACCCGUGAUUGACAACAAUGGUGACCCCCACUGCUUGGUGGCUGACAAUAAGGAAUUUUUCUCAUGCCGCCCUCUUAAAUGGAAGACGGUGCCCGAAUACUUGCUUGAGAAGAAUAUUACAUUCCAAUUCUAUCAAGACUUCGACAACUUUGGUGAUAAUACGCUGGUUGCUUUCACUCAGUACCGUGAGGCCGCUAAAAAUAAGACGGAAUUGGCUAAGCGCUCCAUGUCAUUUAUUGGCAUUGACAGGUUCGUGGAGGAUGCGCGCAAAGGUACUCUUCCUGAAGUGUCGUACUUGGUGGCCCCUAUGCAGCUUUCUGAGCACCCGCCGUAUACGCCCAAGGACGGUGAAUGGAUCCAAGCCAAGAUUGCCAACGCUGUCAUGAAUGGUAAAAACUGGAACUCGACUGUGCUCUUCUACUCAUAUGAUGAAACAGGCGGUCUGGCCGACCACGUUGUACCCCCCCUGCCUCCGAAGGACGCUAAGGGUGAGUGGAUGACGGAUCCUUAUGACAAGAAGAAGGGCAAGGUACCAACAGGUCCAGGAUUCCGCGUGCCCUUCUACGCUAUCUCUCCUUGGACGCGUAAUGGUGGUGUCUUUACUGAGCAUGCGGCACAUGAAAGUCAGAUCAUGUUCCUGGAAGAAUGGUCCAAGGCCGUUGGUAAGGGAUUCCACACGAAGGAAAUCAAUCCGUGGCGCCGCGCUCAAUUCAGUAACCUGGUUAAUAUGCUCGACUUCUCGUACCAUGACGGGAGCGUGCUUAAGCUGGACGAGGUGCCGGAAGCGUCCAAAGACCCUAUCACGGAUCAAUACAAUGGUGCAGACGUCUGCGCUCUCAAAUUCCGCUCUGACGUGCAACCGACAGUGCCUUACAACAAUACGGAAGCCCAGAGUCUCCGUGUCGAAAAGGGCUAUAAGCCAGUUCGCGGUAACCUUACGGAAGGCCACUACCUCACGUUUGAGAAGGAUGGCAAGGCCCUCCAGCACAAAGGACAUAAGCUAAGCUUGACGAAUGCCUGCAAUGACCACGACGGAAAGGACAUGCGCUUUGUCCUCUGGUGGCAAGGAAAAAACCCCAAGGACAAUGCAUUCUACAUUUCUACUGCCGACAAGCAUGACCGCAAAUACAUUGCUUCGUCACUAGAGCUCACGACCAAGGAGAAGGCCGCUCAGUUUUCCAUUGCAGAUCUUGGAAAUGGCAAAGGACACGUUAUCACAGAAAUUGACUCGGGCAAGCAGCUGUCGGUUGAGAAGGAUGGGUGUGUGGCGCUUACUAAGAAUGCGUCGGAUGCCUUCAAAGUGUUUAGUGUGACGUUUUAA